UUUAGUGAUGUGGCGCAAAAACUCUAUCCGGGCGCCAUGCACGGACCAUCCUACAGCGUAAUCUGGGAACGAAUGGAGUAUCUGUAUUCGUAAAUCUAACCACCGCUAGAAUAGGUGCUGGAAUCGAGUCUAAGUCUACAGUAUCCGUACCUUAGUUGGAAACGUAGACACGAGCAUGUAUUGGCGCCUCAAACGAUAGCUCCCUCUCCUCUCCCAUCGCACGCAAAAACCAGGCACGCCGGCCACAACCCUACGAAAAGCGCGAUCAGCCACUGUCCUUGUCGGCGCGUCUUUUGCUGGCCCAGCAUCGACGGCAGCCCUUGACAAUGGAGUCCUCACGCGGCCCUCCCAGGGUCAAGAACAAGGCGGCAGCGUCAGUGCAGAUUUCGGCCGAGCAGCUGCUGCGCGAGGCCGUCGACCGCCAGGAAGUCGCGCUCCAGACUCCCACACAGCGCUUCGCCGAUCUUGAGGAGCUCAAGGAAUACCAGGGCCGGAAGCGCCGCGAGUUCGAGGAUUAUGUCCGCCGCAAUCGCGUGCGUCUUUUCAACUGGCUUCAAUACGCCGCCUGGGAGCUCGAGCAGAAAGAGUUUGCGCGGGCGCGCUCCGUCUUCGAGCGUGCGCUCGAUGUACAUCCCAACAACACUCAGCUAUGGAUCAGGUACAUUCAGGCCGAGAUCAAGAAUCGCAACAUCAACCAUGCCCGCAAUCUUUUGGACCGCGCCGUCACCCGGCUCCCGCGUGUGUCUUCGCUAUGGUACCAGUAUCUCUAUGUCAUGGAGAUGCUCGGCGACAUCCCCGGCACUCGGCAGGUGUUUGAUCGGUGGAUGAAGUGGCACCCGGACGAGCAGGCCUGGAGCGCGUAUAUUCGCCUCGAAAAGCGUUAUGGCGAGUUCGACCGCGCGAGGGAAAUCUUCCGGGCAUUCACCGUGGUUCAUCCCGAGCCGAGAACAUGGCUGAAAUGGGCCAAGUUCGAGGAGGAGUAUGGGACCACCGACACGGUUCGUGAAGUGUUUCAGACUGCCAUCCAGACGAUUGCCGACCUGAUGGGUGACGACGCGGUCGACGAGAAGUUGUUUAUCGCCUAUGCGAGAUAUGAGGCGCGCUUAAGAGAGUACGCGCGCGCGCGCGCAAUCUACAAGUUUGGCCUCGACAAUCUCCCGCGCUCCAAGUCCAUGGCCCUUCACGCCCAAUACACGACGUUCGAGAAACAGUUUGGCGACCAAGAGGGUGUGGAAGACGUCGUUCUCACAAAAAGGAGACGGCUCUACGAGAAACAGGUAAAGGAGAACCCCAAAAACUACGAUGUGUGGUUUGAUUUCGCCCGGUUGGAGGAGAGCGGAGGCGACGCAGACCGUGUCCGAGAGACAUAUGAGCGGGCCAUUGCCCAGGUGCCGCCGACCCAGGAAAAGCGCCACUGGAGGAGGUACAUCUUCCUCUUCCUCUUCUACGCCAUAUGGGAAGAGAAAGAGGCUGGGGAUAUCGAGCGCGCACGACAGGUCUACGAAACGUGCCUGGGCCUUAUACCGCACAAGAAGUUUACCUUUGCCAAAGUCUGGGUUGCCAAGGCACACUUUGAGAUCCGUCAAGGGGAGCCCGCAACUGCCCGCAAGACGCUCGGACGCGCCAUUGGCAUGUGUCCAAAGGACAAGAUCUUCAGGGAGUACAUCAACCUAGAACAGAAGCUGUACGAGUUCGAGAGGUGCCGGACGCUAUACGAAAAACAUGUGCUAUACAACCUCGCCAACUGCCAGACGUGGAUCAAGUGGGCAGAGCUGGAGCGGGGUCUAGAUGACCUCGACCGAACCCGCGGCAUCUUCGAGCUUGCCAUUAGCCAGCCUGUCCUGGACAUGCCCGAGGUAGUGUGGAAGGCAUACAUCGACUUUGAGGAGGAGGAGGGCGAGUACGAGAAGACGCGCGCCCUGUACGAGCGACUGCUCGAGAAGGCAGACCACCCCAAGGUCUGGAUCAGCUACGCGCAAUUCGAGAUCAACAUACCCGAGGAGGACGGUGGCGCCGAGGGAGAAGAAGCAGAAGAGGCCGACGAGCGGCCCGUCAGCGACGAGGCCAAGACGCGGGCCCGCAAGGUCUUUGAGCGGGCGCUCAAGAACAUGAAGGACCGUGAGCUCAAGGCCGAGCGCGUGUCGCUUCUCAACGCGUGGCUGGCCUUUGAGAAGACACACGGAUCUCCCGAGGACAUUGAAAAGAUCCAGAAGCAGAUGCCCCGCAAGACAAAGAAGAAGCGCAAGCUGGAGGACGACAGCUGGGAGGAGUACAUCGACUAUGUCUUCCCAGCCGACGACCAGCAGACCAAGAACCUGUCCAACCUGCUGGCCAUGGCUAACGCGUGGAAGCAAACUGGAGGAAACAUUGCUAGAGGAGGCGACUAAGGGCCGCCACGCUAGCCCCGUUGGCGUGCGUUCGAAUAAGAUGGGCAUGUAUGCCAUCCAGUCGCCAGCACGAAUUCCAUUGCUUCCGGCAUGCGACGCGCUACUUGCUUUGGGCUAGAUAUAUGCUAUCCUCGCCUGCCGCCCUUUUGCAUUUGUUCUCUUUGCAUGUCUGUGUUAAAGUAUGUAGUACCAAAGGCACUGCGGUGUCAAAGCAUCAAUCUUUCACUUGUAAAUAGCGUCAAGAAGGGAACCACUGAUGAUAUGAGUCUUGACCCAUCUCUUGGCCUCCCCCCGUUUUAUUCCCUCUUUUGUCACCGCCCCUUUUACUCUUGUCACCACGGCACGUUUCGUCCGAAAUCCAGACCUGCUUAUAAUAAUAACUGCCGAGAAAAAAAGCAAUCAGUCGACGCUUGGCUUGGCUG